ACGGCUGAUUAAAAAUGGGAUCCGAGCUUUGUCUUGGAGCACUAGCUAGCUACUUGGGCUAAAAACAAACCGGUGCUAGCGGCACGAGUGCAGCAGAGCAUGAAAGGACAGCAGCAGCUGCUGCGAGGAGGAAGUCCUGGCUGCUUACCACUCCAUGUAAUCUUAUCUUCCGUUAAAGUGAUGUCAUAAUGUGAGAAUGCUACUGAGCUAGCCUAGCACAGAGCCACGCCCCCUGACCCCCCACACUGCACAAAGCCACUUUGGUAGAUUUUAAACUGUGUGUAGGAGGUGGGCACAGGCUGAAGGGCAGCGUUUCUUCACUCGUUAAUACUUUCAGUUACGAUACAGUAUCUAAUAAUAGCUUCUGAUAACAACAUGACAGCUGACAGGAGGCUACUGACUUGUUUUUCUUUCAUCCAGAGAACUAAUACGCUGCUCCAUCCUCCAGCUCCUGUGAAGCUGUUACCAUGGCAACGAACACCUCAUCUAAAUAUGAUGACAUCAUUUCUAAAAGUGUUCUGAUCCAAUCAGGAUCUCCUGCUCGCUACCAGCUGACACCAGAGAAAGGGAAUAUUGGAACUCUAACAAGAAUGACUCUUGGUGAAAAACAUGUGAACAAAAUAAACAAAACCAUCUUGCUUGUUGGUGAAACAGGAGCAGGAAAAUCUGCUCUGAUCAACGCUCUGGUCAACUACGCCAUGGGAGUGAAGUGGGAGGACGAUGUCUGGUUUCAGAUCGUAGAGGACGAGGAGAGAAGUCAAUCAGAAAGUCAGACAUCAGAUGUGAUCGUGUACCAGAUCUUUGGUUUUGAAGAUGAAACUCUGCCCUACUCUCUGACCAUCAUCAAUACUCCUGGAUACGGAGAUACCACAGAGACUGAACAAGAUGUAAGAGUCAGUCACAGAUUAUUAGACUGGUUCCGCUCAGAGGAUGGAGUUCAUGAGAUUAAUGCAGUGGGUCUGGUGCUGAAGGCAACUGAGAAUCGACUGAGUGACCGACUGAGGUACAUCUUUGAUUCAGUGGUGUCUCUGUUUGGAAAAGACAUGGAGAAGAACAUCGUUGCCCUCAUCACACACUCAGAUGGAAGAAAACCUAAAAAUGUUCUGAAAGCCCUCGAGGCUGCAAACAUUAAGUUUGCCAGAAAUGAAAAGAAUCAGCCUGUUUACUUCCUGUUUGAUAACUGCCAGGAUGACGACAGGACAGAGGACACAGAAGACCUUAAACAUGCAGAUGAAGUAACAACGAAAGGAAUGAGUCAGUUCACAGACUUCCUGGGAAAAGCUGCACCUCAGAAGUUGAUAACAACUGUUGAAGUGUUGAAUUCACGCAUCACACUGACAGCCUGCAUCCAAAACCUGCAGGAGAGAAUCACGUUCACUGAACGUAAACAGAGAGAAAUCCAACAGACUCAGAAGCUUCUGAAGAAAUAUGAACAAGUGAUGAAGAACAAUGAGGAGUUCACUGUAGAAGUUGAGGAGGUCUACAAAGAUAAAGAAACUAUCAGUGGUGGGAUGUGGGGGUUGGGGUUUUAUCAAGGAGCUGUCUGCUGUAAAGUCUGUGAGGAGAACUGUCACUAUCCUGGAUGCACAAUGGCCUGGAGUCCAGAAAGCUGUGAGGUCAUGAAAGAUGGCCGCUGCACUUCAUGUACCAGGAAGUGCCCUGCAUCAGAUCACGUGAAAAAGACUGGAUCUAUGUGACCAAGACAAGGAAAGUUCAGAUGACCAACGAAGACAUGAAAAAGAAUAAAGCAGAGACUGAGAGGAAGGUAAGCCUUUUGGAAAAAGAGAUGGAAAACCUUGAAGCAAACAAAACACAGUGUCUGGAUGAGGCCUACGAGCAUGUUGUGAAUCUGGAGAAGAUCGCCCUGAAUGUUGUUUCACUGUCCACUUAUGUCCACCUGGACGUCCUGAUUCAGGAGAUGGAGAAGAAAAAGGACACAGAGAAGGUUCAAAAACUAAAACUAAUGUCAAGUCGAGUGGAUAAAGGACUGCUGGCUGGGCUGAAAUACGUGUAUAAUGAAGUGUUCAAAGGAAACAAACAUGACAGGGACUCUGGGGUCUAGACUGAUGACAGAGUCUCGUGGAGUCCACCUGUACAUCACUGCAGCAAGGUGCGACGUUAAACCACUGGAGGUCAGCAAGAUUUGAAGUCCAUCUGUGUGUACUGUUAGUUUACUAAAAGUGAACCAGAAAACAUCAGCGUGAUCAGCUGGUGCCUUGUCUGUUCCUCAAACAUGUAAAAGUUUCCGUGCAGUCAUCGAUCAUUACAGUUCAUAUUAAUGGAGUCGGCGUUUGUCUGUGUCUUCUCUGAUGACAGCAGCUGAACCCAAAUAUAAAACUAGCUUAUGUAUUUACAUAAAAUGUACAAUUAUCUAAACAUUGUGUUAGAGAGUCUGAGCAGUGGUCGAACAGCUGAAAGCAUGUUUUAUCAGCGAUUAAUUACUUAGUGAAUUCAGAAACAGGGCAGUCAUUACCAAUCUGCAGAAAUGUUUAUUUUUGUUUAACAGCUGUGUCAUUUACCAGUGUACACAUGAAUGCAUCAGCAUUAACAGUCUAUUAAUAUCAGAACUAAUACUCUCUGGCUGCAGUAUAAGCUGCCUACUUUAAGGACUUUUUGCUGAUAAUACUUCUGUACUUUUACUUAUGUGAUAUUUUCAACGCAGAGUAUUUUUAUACUGCAGUGUUGCUACUUUUACUAAAGGAUCAGAGUAGUUCUGGUUCUGGUCUGGUCUACACCGCUUUGAUUGUUGGGAUUGUUAUAAUUGGUGUUUGUGUGAUGGUUGAUUUGCUUUAUGUCAUUUGUUCUCAGGAUGAAUAGAUAUAGCUUAACUAACUAAAAGACACAUUUAAUUUGAUUCUGUUUUAUUAUUUUACACUGAAACAUCCAUAUAUAUAUAUAUAUAUAUAUAUAUAUAUAUA